AUGUCUGCGUCAAGGCCACUAACCUCUCUUUUGCUUUCUCCACGUCAGGCCAAGUGCAACGGGAAGAACCCCUGUUCGCGGUGUUCGAGCAAGUCUCUUACUUGUAGCUACGAUCAAGGGAGUGACGGUCGUCGAGGGCGUAGUUCCCCGACCGAAGUACAAGCCUUGGCCGACAAGGUCCAACAAUACCAGCGUCUGUUCGAAAUCCUUCGAACGAGCCCGCCCAACGCCGCCUGUCAAAUCCUCCACCAUCUUCGGUCCCAAAAGGACGACAUCACAGACGGUUCGGACCCAGCGACCGACACCAAUUUAGCAAAGGUCUUGCAGUACGCCGAAACGUUGGCAUCCCGCUCUCCAAGACCCGACGCCAGUAAUAUCCCUCCACCGUUGGCACGGGCUUGGAGGCAGACCGCCUCGGUACCGUCCGAGACCACCUCGCAGGAGGCCUCGUCUGAGAAUGGUUCCCAACGACACCAACGACGCCAACAAUCACAACAAGCACCUGCGACUCUCACACCCCCGGCGGCAUGGAGUGCCAGCAACAACACCGCAUUCGACCCUCAAUUUGCCACGAUAUCGGAUGACUUUACAAUGUUCGGGUUCAACGGUUCCAACGUCCAGCCGGAGAGCAGCUUGCCAUCCGAUAACGAACAUUGUCACACAAACACCUCGGACGGUAUAGCUGGUAAUGUCGCCGCGAACAUGCCACCUGCAGCCGCGGCGACGUCACCUGGCAAGAACCCUCCGGCUACGUGGCACCCUCACACCUCGACCAAUUUCGAACAGGCGCACGCAUGGUUGAGGCAGGACAUGGAUCAGAUCGAUCGCUACCUCGGUUCCAACCUCGGAAGGAAGAAAAUUUGA